AUUUAUAAUUAUUAUCAAACUGAAAUUCAUUCGCGUGCAUUGUUUCUUUAGCUUUCUUUAUGCGCGUUUACUGAAUUCAAUAUAAACAAAUUUAAAACCGAAUAUCCGUAAAUAAUAUAUUAUAAUGUCAACUGUUUGGCGUACUCUAAAAGUUUCUGCUGAAGAAUUAAGAUUAGAUAAAACUUUAAAAUGUGGUCAGUCGUUUAGGUGGAAAGUUUCCGGAAAAAAUGAAUGGUCAUGUGCUUUCAAAGGAAGGCUUAUCACUUUAAAACAAACACCUUCGGAUAUUGAAUACCGAACGUAUUGCGACGUUUCCUCUUUCCACGAGUUGGAUAAAUUACAUGAAUUCUUGAUAGAUUAUUUCCAAUUAAAUACCGUUAGCUUAAGCGAAUGUUAUACUAAAUGGAGUAAAGCAGAUAAGCAUUUUGCAAAAAUAGCUCAAAAAUUCAAAGGUAUUAGGAUACUACGACAAGAUCCAAUCGAAAAUUUAUUUUGUUUUAUUUGUUCGACUAAUAAUAACAUCAACCGAAUUACUCAGAUGGUUGAAAAAUUGUGUCGUCAAUAUGGUGAUAAAGUAUAUACAUUGAAUGGAGAAGACUAUUUUGAUUUUCCUACAUUAGAAAAACUUACAUCACCGAAUGUUGAAGAUGAAUUGAGAAAACUUGGAUUUGGAUAUCGUGCAAGAUAUAUCGUACAAACUGCUAAAUAUAUUUGUGAGAAUUUUCCAGAUGGUAAUAUUUGGCUAUAUAACUUACGAAAUUUGGAUUACAAGGAAGCGCAUGCCGCUCUUUUGAAACUAUCCGGUGUUGGACCUAAGGUUGCUGAUUGUGUAUGUUUAAUGUCAUUAAACAAACAUAAUGCUAUACCAGUUGAUACACAUGUUUGGCAAAUCGCUCAAAGGAAAUAUGGAUUUAGCGUAAAAACAAAAGGAAAAUCGAAUUCAUUGACAUCUCGUAAUUAUGAAGCUGUUGGCGAUCAUUUUCGAAAGAUUUUUGGAGAAUACAGCGGAUGGGCUCAUUCUGUAAAUUUUGUUUAUAUGUUAUUUUUAUAAAUUGCUUUGUUUAUUGAACACUUUUUUUUUUAAAAAAAAA